GAAAGAGUAUGGACGGAGACACCAUAUCAGGUUCUUUAUCACUUGAUAUUUUCUUGCUCGAGGACCUGGUGUGCCUGGUUUGCGGGCGUCCGUGGUCGAAUGUAUAUUUACAGGCAAAAUAGUUACCCUAGUUCCCCAAAAGCCGACAGCUACAGAGGGAAAUUCGAUGAAGCCAUACCGAAACCUCGCGAGAUUGCUUAAAACAACCAUCCCGACACUUCGCCGAAAUGUUGUAAACUUCCUACCCGCUGCAUUCAAAUGUACCUCCAGUUUUCCGAGCCUCUGCCGUCGCUAUCCCUGCCACCACCUACCAUCACCGCUCAGGAUAUCUAAAUGUCCUUGUUGCGGGAAGCUGAGAAAUGUAUCACUAACCAAAGGUCACAUGCCGCUCUCAAUGCCUUCAUAACGACUGUGCAGCAUUCAGGACCAUGGCAAGAACAAGUGAGAGAUGCAGAAGUUAGGAGAGAGUUGGGGAAAUCAAAAUCCGAGGUCGAUGGCCGCUUGAUUGCCUUCAAAGACAAUAUUUGCACACGCGACUUUCCGACAACAUGUGCCUCCGGGAUUCUAGCCAAAUUCACCAGUCCAUUCAAUGCGACCGUGGUGGAACAGCUGUCGGAAGCCGGCGCUAUAGUAGCUGGUAAGACGAACUUGGAUGAAUUUGGGAUGGGUUCUCAUUCUCUCAAUUCAUGGUUCGGCCCCGUCAAAAAUCAGCGUCAGUACCAGGAAGGACGAAUCCUCUCAGCUGGUGGAAGUUCUGGUGGAAGCGCCGUCUCCGUUGCUACAGAUCAAUGCUAUGCGGCUCUUGGAACAGACACUGGUGGUUCGGUUCGACUUCCAGCUGCCUACACGGGCACAGUCGGCUUUAAGCCGUCUUAUGGAUUGGUCUCGAGAUGGGGUGUCGUGGCAUACGCUAACUCACUGGAUACUGUUGGCAUCCUGGCCAGAAAUGCCUCGACGGCUCGCGAUGUAUUCCGCAUUGUGAAUCGGCAUGAUCCACGCGAUCCGACAAACUUGUCUCCGCGCUCUCGGUCUCGCAUAGCUGCGCACCUCCAGCAACCCGCUCUGUUGUCUAGAAUGACCUCGUCUCUGAGGAUCGGCGUUCCCAUUGAGUACAACAUAUCGGAACUCUCUCCAUCGGUCCGACGCGCCUGGGCUCUCUCGAUAGCUUUCCUGAGAGAGCAGGGCCAUACAAUUCACCCCGUCUCACUUCCCACAACAAAACUAGCUCUCUCAGCAUAUUACGUCCUUGCCCCAGCCGAAGCAUCCUCAAACCUCGCCAAAUAUGACGGCAUCAGAUACGGUUCCCGCUGCGACGGUCCGGAUUCUGGUGGACAGCCUGACAGCUAUCUAUAUGCCAAAACUAGAGGGGACGGAUUCGGUCCCGAAGUGAAGAGGCGUAUCCUACUAGGCUCCUUCAGUCUGAGCGCCGAUGCCAUAAAUAAUUACUUUAUUCAAGCGCAGCGCGUCCGCAGACUUGUCCAAGGCGAUUUCAAUGCUGUCUUUAGAGCAGAGCAACCGAUGGCCCCUUCGCGCCAGAAAGGAGAUGCUGAGUUGAAAUCAAAACAGGCAGAGGUCGAUGUCCUGAUCUGCCCUACCGCCCCUUCAUGUCCUCCACAGUUGGAAGACCUGGUUGAAAUCGAUUCCAUUUUCUCGUCCCUGAACGGAUACACGAAUGAUGUGUUCACAGUGCCUGCAAGCCUGGCUGGUUUGCCAGCUGCGUCUGUUCCAGUGAGUGUCGACUGUCGGGAUGAAGGUUCUAGCGAUGCAGAUCUUGCUGGAAUUCAAAUCAUCGGACAAUACGGGGACGAUGAGCUUGUCCUUAAAGUGUCGGAGAUAUUGGAAGGCAAAAUUUUUUGAUGUAGUCUUGUGAUUCACCUCGAUACCCAUGAUCAAUCUCUAGUCGCGGACUACAUAACUCAUCCUAGACCAAUUACAGGGGAGGUUCAGCGUAGCAGAGCAUGUAAUAUACAUCAUAUCUGA